AAAGAAAACAUACGGUCCAAUUGAGCAGACCUCAUGAAUUCCUUCUCCUCACAGUUACACCACAUGUAUAUAUAUAUAUAUAUAUAUUGUGAUUGGUAAAAGAAUUACACAAUUGAAAAAUGGUGAUGUGGGUGUUUGGAUAUGGGUCUCUCAUAUGGAAAGCAGGCUUCAAAUAUGAUGAUCGCCUUGUUGGUUUCAUCAAAGACUAUCGCCGUGUCUUUUUUCAAGGCAGUACGGAUCAUCGAGGGACUCCUGAUUAUCCAGGUCGAACUGUUACUCUCGAACCUGCUCAAGGUCAAGUUUGUUGGGGCAUCGCCUACAAGGUGUCAAGCAAAGAAGAUGAAGAGGCGGCUUUACUGCAUCUGGAAGUAAGGGAGAAACAAUAUGACAAGAAGGCUUACCUUGAUUUUUACACUGAGUCUGGAGCUUCAACACCUGCCCUUUCUGGAGUAAUGGUAUAUAUAGCGUCUCCAGACAAGAAGCUGAACAAGAACUACUUGGGCCCUGCAUCACUUGAAGAACUUGCCAGGCAAAUUAUUAAAGCAGAAGGUCCCUCAGGACCUAACAGAGACUACCUUUUCCAUCUUGAGAAGGCACUUCUCCAAUUAGGAUGUGAAGACAAACAUGUCACUGAUCUUGCCAAUGAAGUAAGAAAGUUGCUUGCGGCCUGAGACAGCUUCAUAAUUAAGACAUGAUUAUUUUACUAUUCAUUAGUAGAAAAUUUAGCCAUUCGUGUUCAAGGACAAAAGAAAUCUUGAUAGGAUUGAACAUAUUAUCUUUACUUUACAGAAAUGUAGUAGCAUUUAUCAGUUUCGACAUGUGGUCAAUGUCUUUUGGUGAUUGGAGUAUUUUCUAUUGUAACUGAUCUUUACUCUUGAUCAAUAAACGAUCUUUUUUCCCUUCUUAA